UCAGUUUGUAUCUUUUAAUGACACAAUUGGACUAAACAUCUGAAUCUGGAAGAAACUAGACCGCAAAGAACAAAGGAUCGCAUCUGGGUUUUGGACAAUUCUUCGCACCAUCCUGAUUUAUUUUUUGAAGAGUGGGUAACAGAGUCCAGUUUUAAAUCCAACGUAAAUUCUAGGAUUUGUCAUCUCUGUGGAGGGAAUACUGGAGACCUUUGCGCUGAGUUUGCGCACAAAGAUGCCGUAGCUCAACAUGAAUCGUGAUCGAUUAAGUACUUUUUGAAAUUGGCUUGGAGAUUUUAGCUCGGCGGAAAGACACGCACAGCAAUAAUAGCGCAACGCGGGGAGGGAAGCCAGCGCCAGCGUUCUUUGUGUCUUUGCAACAAGAGGGUGACAAAAAGCAAUAAAUUCUCUCAAAUAAACACUGUCAUCCGGCUGUGCGCGCCAUGGGCGAUGAGGCGUCAAACUUCAGGAGACGCAGCAGGACCGGUGUCUCAUCACCAGAACCCCAGACAAGUGAGGAUCACGGCCGAAAGGAGAUUCUGGGAUAAACUGAAACUGACCACCGCCGAAAACAAUGAGAUUAAUGGCUUUCUCGAUGGCUUGACAGGUUAUCACUGUGACAGUUUUUGAUGUUAUUCAGAAAACAAGGUUCAGAUCUGGGCUGUGCUACACUUGGUCACUUUGAUUUGUUCGCUCAGAGAUGAAGUGGCAGCGAGGGACAUGAAACGAUUCGCUUUUUGCCUGGAACACGCGAUUACAGCCAUAUCAUUUAAUUAAUAGGUAAAAAAGGGAUAUUCAUUGUAUUAUAUUUUAUUUUUUGCACAAUGAUGGAACCACCACCAUGUACGAAAAAGAGCCUUUCCCUGUCGCUCCCGGUUCCGCGGGAGGGACAGGCGACUCUGAAACCUCCACAGCAUCUUUGGAGACAACCCCGGACCCCGAUUAAAAUCAAACACCGGGGAUAUUCCGACACCGACCGGCACCACCACCGGCACAUGGAGCGCUCAGACGCCGUGGAUACGAGUGACCGACCGGGACUGAAGAAGUCUCGGAUGUCCUGGCCAUCCUCCUUCCACGGGACCACAACCACAUCCAUCGGAAACUGUGUCGGGAAUAAACGUUUCGAUUCAGAAAAUGGCCCCUCACCAGGCCGCAGUCCCAUGGAUUCGCAGGCGAAUCCUGGGUUGGUGCUCCACCCUUCUUUUCCCCAGAGCCAACGUAGGGAAUCCUUCCUGUACCGCUCGGACUCAGACUACGACACAUCUCCCAAAACCAUGUCCCGCAACUCCUCCAUCAACAGUGAGGGACACACCGAAGACAUGAUUGUUACCCCCUUUGCUCAGGUGUUGGCCAGCCUACGAACUGUAAGAAACAACUUCACCAUCCUCGCCAAUGUCACAACACCCACUAACAAGAGGUCACCAGUGACAAGCCAACCCACUGUUCCCCAAGCUACACUCUCUGAGGAGACUUACCAGCAAAUGGCUCGGGAGACUCUGGAGGAGUUGGACUGGUGUCUGGACCAGCUGGAGACCAUUCAGACCCACCGCUCAGUCAGUGAGAUGGCUUCCAACAAGUUCAAGAGGAUGUUGAACAGGGAGCUGUCCCAUUUGUCAGAGAUGAGUCGCUCAGGGAACCAAGUGUCAGAAUACAUCUCCACUACCUUUCUAGAUAAGCAAAACGAAGUGGAAAUCCCAUCUCCAACUCUGAGGGAGAGAGAGAAGCCCAUGUGUCACAUCAGUGGUGUGAAGAAGCUCACGCACAGUUCCAGCCUUUCCAACCCCACUUUGCCUCGGUUUGGCGUGAAGACAGAGCAUGAGGAAGCUUUAGCCAGGGAACUGGACGACUUGAACAAGUGGGGCCUUAAUAUCUUUCAUGUGGCAGAGUUCUCCAAUAAUCGACCCCUAAGCUGCAUCAUGUUUGCCAUCUUCCAGGAAAGAGAUCUACUGAAGACCUUUCGGAUCCCUGUCGAUACUUUUGUCACAUAUGUGAUGACCCUGGAGGACCAUUAUCAUGCCAAUGUCGCCUACCACAACAGCCUUCACGCUGCUGAUGUCACUCAGUCCACCCAUGUACUGCUAUCCACGCCAGCUCUAGAUGCUGUAUUUACAGACCUAGAAAUAUUGGCAACUUUAUUCGCUGCUGCCAUUCAUGAUGUAGACCAUCCAGGAGUGUCCAACCAAUUCCUCAUAAACACAAACUCAGAACUGGCCCUGAUGUAUAAUGAUGAGUCUGUUUUGGAGAACCACCACCUGGCUGUGGGCUUUAAGCUGCUCCAUGAGGAGAAUUGUGACAUCUUCCAAAACCUUACCAAAAGGCAGAGACAGAGCCUGAGGAAACUUGUGAUUGAUAUGGUUUUGGCUACAGACAUGUCCAAACACAUGAGUUUGCUGGCAGACCUCAAGACCAUGGUGGAAACCAAGAAAGUGACAAGUUCUGGAGUUCUAAUGCUCGACCACUACACCGACAGAAUACAGGUGCUGAGGAACAUGGUGCACUGUGCAGACCUGAGCAAUCCUACAAAGCCUCUGUGUGUAUAUCGGCAAUGGACGGAGAGAAUCAUGGAGGAGUUCUUCAGACAGGGAGACAAGGAGAGGGAGCGGGGCAUGGAGAUCAGUCCCAUGUGCGAUAAACACACCGCAUCUGUGGAAAAAAGUCAGGUGGGCUUCAUUGACUACAUUGUUCAUCCACUAUGGGAGACAUGGGGAGACCUUGUGCAUCCUGAUGCCCAGGAGAUCCUGGACACUCUAGAGGACAACAGGGACUGGUACCAGAGCACUAUCCCACAAAGCCCAUCGCCACCUCCUGUGGGCCAGGACAAGGAGCUAAACAAAUGCAUUGAUAAGUUUCAGUUUGCACUCACCCUGGAAGAGAACUCCCAGAACAAGCCAGGACAUGAGGGCAACAACACCACACCAAACCACGUGGCCGAAGACUGCAGUGACAUGGACAAGGACGACGAAAAUGAGGACAAGGAAGAUCUAAUGUCAGAGGAGAAGAAUGAGGACAUAAUAGAGGAAGAGGAUGAGGUGGCAAUGGAGGAAGAGGAAGGAGAGGAAGAGGUGAAAUUUUGUAUAGGCGAGGAGCCAGAAAAGGAAAGACUUUAUGACACAAGUCCUGUAGAAGAAGAGGAAGAUUUUUCUUCUCAAGCUGAUGAUACAUGAGGUCUGCUCCUGUAUCUCCCUCCUAACUUGCACACAUUAUGUUGUUGAUUCUUUAAAUGGUCAAACAAAGAACAAAUAUGACUGCAAUGACAAUACAGACCUUUAAAUAUAUUUUUCAAAAAGGGAAUACAUUCAAAAUCGCUCAAAUAGAAGCUAAUUACACAGCAACUGUAGAUUUGGAGUGAUACGUUCUAGGACUAAUUUCACUAGAAACUUAAGACUAAUGGGAAUUCAGAAGGCCAUUAUUGAUGGGCAAUGGAAGGCAGUGUAGCACUCUGAUGACUGGAAUGCACAUAAAUAAACACACGUGA